GUAAAAUAUCCCCUUGAAGUAUAUAUUAGUACAAGGGAAACUUUUAGAUAGAGGUAUUUCUCACUUUCAUAUGAAGAGAUACUAAACAAUGAUAACAUUAAUUUCAUAGGGUUCUUCCAUCAGCAUGGUCGGGCCGAAGAGAGGGAUAGAUCUGAGUGGCAACAUUGUAGUCGAAUACGACAUGAGGAUCAAGACAUACGAAGAAGUAAAGCAUGACCUACAAUUGAUCGACGGCGCAUCGAUGAUACACCACAAGGACCUGCGGGAUCGCCGGGCAUUUACGAGUCGUAUCCACGGCGACCACGGCGCAAUAGAUCUCACUGUGUCGGCCCUUGAUGACGCGGUUGAGGCGACCGUGGAAGUCGUCAGAUCGGAAGUGCAGAGCGGCUUCGCUCUACGCCUUGGGUGCUUCAUUGGCGGGGUGGAUGAGGAGAUCCAAAUCUUCGACGGCGCCGUCGGCAGCGAGGCACAUGGGUUGAAAUUAAAAAGGUUUGUGGUGGCUGUAGCGAUAAGGUCUUGGAUGAAGCUGGAAUUCAAGGUGGCCCCGGAGUCGGCGCGGUGUCAGAUUGCCUUCAUGGCGAACAACCAUGGGGUUUCUUGUCGGAAUAUGAAGAUGGAUUUUGCAUUGUUCUCAGUGAAGAUGACAUGGUCCUCUUUGCCUUGGCGGGCACCGAGCUUACACCGGCGGUCCAAGAAUUCAAGCUAGAUGUGAAAAACCGCAUCACUUCAUG